UUGACAGCUUACAGUGCCUUAACGGUGUUUUUCUACAACCCGCAGACUACAUGUGCAAUGGGCCUCCCUCUGUGCGCCGCUGCACUUUUAGCUUUUUUUGUAUUUUUUUUAACACUUUUCAUGCAUUGUUGGCACUUCAAAGUUCAUGAAGUCAUUUUUGCCAAUGGAACUAUUGAGGAUGAUUUUUUAAUGAAGCGUAACGCAUUACUGCUUGAGCUAGACAAAAGGCGCAACGAAAUCCUUCCUUUUCUCAACUCUUCAGUAGUAGAGAGGUUAAUGGAUGAAUCGGAAAAUUUUGGGCUACACGAGUCAUUUGAAAUUAAACAUUUGGAUAGUUUGGAGAAUGAGAGUAAAGUUUCCAUUGGAUAUUUUAGAAAGGACCAAGAUCACAUUGGCUGUGAUCAGCUUGUUAAUGUGAAAGCUGUUGAUGUCCUCGGCUCGGGCUAUACCAAAAUAGUGCUCAAAGUUGUGCUAUCGGAAGGUCAGACUGUGGCAUUAAAAACUGUGUAUGACCAAGGUACUGACAUCGGGAGAUGUCUUGAGGAUUUUAAAGACCCUUUGGGCUGUCACGAGCUCGUGUCUUUCAAACUGAAAAAAGAAAUCGCUUUGUUGCAGAGGCUCCAACAUCCAAACAUCAUAAAGCUCCGGGGACACUGCGAAGGCGACGUGGGGGCAGGGGGGAUCACGGCCGUCCUGGAGCAGGGCUGCCCGCUGCAGAUGAUCCAGCUCCUGCAGAGCCCCUGGGAAGAACGCUUUCGGGUUUGUUUGGGUCUCACCAGACUCCUCCACUACCUCUCCAACUCCCCCCUGGGCUCUGUGGCUCUGCUGGACUUCCAGCCGCGGCAGUUUGUCACGGUGUCUGGGGAGCUGAAGCUCACGGACCUGGACGACGCCAGCUUGACAGAGCCCGUCUGCCGGACGGACCGGGACUGCGUCUUGCAGUUUCCCCUUCGUAACUUCAGCCUGCCCUGCUCAGCCCAGGGACUGUGCGAGGGCCUCAAUGGGAUGAGGAACCUCUACAACGCCUACAGAUAUUUCUUCACCUACCUCCUGCCCCAUCAAGCCCCACCUGCUCUGAGACAUCUAGUGGAUCACAUCAUGAACGCAACCGGAGAGCUGAAGGGCGGUGUAAAUGACACGCUGGAAGCCUUUGAAGACGUCCUCCAUCUGUACAAGUCGGGCCUCCACUUGGACCGCCUCCCUCCGUCAUUAAUCAGAGAUUACGCGGUCAUGAGAGGCAUGAGCACCUCUGGAAAUAUGGAAUACAGAUGCUGGCCCUCGUACAGCCACCGAGGAUGCCUGCUGUCUGUGCACGGUGUCAAGGAGGCAGCCUUCAUCUGCAACUCCCACCCCCAGUGCACCAGCUUCAGCCUGGGCAAGCAGAGGACCUGGACAGGACGGCUCCUUGCCUCAUUCCGAAGUGGUUUCAGCCACCUGAUUCCAGAUGGAAACUCAGAGGUGUACAUGAAAAAAAACAAAGCCUUAUCGGGAACCAGAGUUUAAGAGUUGGGACAGUGGGGGUUUUGGAGUGGGGGAGGGUGUUUUGAAGCAAACUAAUGAAUGUGAUGUAUUUAUAGGGAUUUUGCUCCGUGGCUUGUGUGUUCUGGCUGCCAAUCCGGUAUGCUGCCAAUAGCUAUUAUAGGGGAUUUCCCCCUCAGGUAUAAUUAAGUCAAAAUUGUGCCCUCACAUCUCUUCACUGGUCUUGUGUGUUGUGUUUUCAAGCCGAUGUGGGCACAGUGGUAGGACUCAGAGCCUCAAACAGACCAUCUGACUGUUUGAUGUCUGAGAAUAAAAGAAAGAACAACAAGCUCUUAUACAAAUAUAUUUUGAUGUCAACAUGCUGCAGAACCCUGUGGCUUGGCGUGGUGUCAGGGUGUGGUGUCGGGGGCUGCGCGCGGCGACAAGCUUGGUGGUGCUCGCAACACAGCAGUCGUCCUCGAUGAUUACAGCCAUUCCGGUCCUGGGUAGUUGUCUUUGAUUUUAAUUUCAAGUUGAUGCCACGUGUGGAUUUGAAAUGUAAUUGUCAUUACAUUGUUAGUGUUUAUUAUUUACACCUUGUGGGUGGGAACCUUUUUUACUUUUUCAAUGAAAGAAAUUCUGUUCAAUGAAUGUUCAUUUUGUAUUUCUCCUUUCUGUCUUUUUGUUCAUAUUUUAAAAAAUCAAACAAAAAAAACAAACA